AUGUCUUACGGAGGCCCUCUUGGCCCUCGUCCGAAUUCGAAAAAGAACGCAAAUAAGCUGAACUCGACCGGCUUGGGGAGAUCUCUUGUGAAUGAGAGGAAAAACACCAAGAAAACGGCCGGCCAUUCUGACCGCUAUACUACAGAGGCAAAUGCCCCGAACUGGGUAAAGCUGCAGUCAGUGACCCAAGAGAGGGCUCUAGACGAAUUCUUGUCAACUGCGGAGCUUGCAGAUAAGGACUUUACCACAGAACGCACUGCCAAUAUCCGGAUCAUUCAAAUUGGCGGCCAUGAUGUUGCCGAGUCUUCGAGCGGUGUCCUAAGCGACGAGCAAAGGGCCAGACUUGUGAAACGCCACUAUGAGAAUGCUGGUCGCUUGACAGUUCCCCGUCGACCGAAGUGGACCAAGGAAAUGAGUGCUCAUGAGCUGGAUCGUUUGGAAAAAGAGGCCUUUUUGAGUUGGCGCCGGUCGCUGGCUGAUUUGCAAGAAAACAACGAUUUGCUCCUGACGCCUUUCGAGAGAAAUAUCGAGGUAUGGAGACAGCUUUGGCGAGUUGUUGAUCGAUCAGAUCUCGUUGUUCAGAUCGUCGAUUCCAGAAACCCGACUUUGUUCAGGUCAAUUGAUCUGGAUAAUUAUGUGGGCGAAGUGGGCGACGGCUCUAAGCGAACACUUUUGCUGGUCAACAAGGCGGAUUUAUUAUCGGAGAAACAACUUGAACUUUGGGCCGACUAUUUCCGUGAGCACGGUAUCCAGUUUGCAUUCUUCUCGGCCAGAGCAGCUCUCGACAAACAAGAAGCUGACGAACUCAAAGGAACAAUGGAGGAGGCCGAAGAGGUAGCGAGUGAGGUUCCGCUUAACACUACUCAGGUUCUCUCUGUCGCUGAAUUAGAGUCCCUGUUCAAGACAGCAGCACCAAACACAGACAAGCAGCUGCAGAUCGGACUUGUCGGUUACCCCAAUGUGGGUAAGUCUUCUACCAUCAACGCAUUGAUUGGGGCCAAAAAAGUAUCUGUUUCAUCUACUCCUGGUAAAACCAAGCAUUUCCAAACAAUCAAACUAAGCGAUGAAGUGAUGCUCUGUGACUGUCCUGGUUUGGUGUUCCCCAACUUUGCCCAAACAAGUGGUGAUCUUGUGUGUAACGGUGUGUUGCCAAUUGACCAGCUUCGUGAAUACUCUGGCCCUGUUGAACUUGUCUGUCAACGAAUUCCUCUUUACUUUUUAGAAGCAGUCUACGGUAUCCACAUUUUUGUACGACCCAAAGAGGAAGGCGGAACUGGAAUUCCGACUGCACAGGAGCUUCUCAGCGCUUAUGCCAAGGCCCGUGGAUUCAUGCGUCAGGGCGGUGGUGAUCCAGAUGUUUCAAGAGCGGCAAGGAUAAUUCUCAAAGAUUAUGUGAAUGCUAAACUUUUGUAUUGUGAGCCCCCACCCAACUACACAGGCUCCGACUACAACGCCGGCAAGUAUGGCCUUGAUGCUCUCCAGACGGCUCGACGCAACCAAAUUCUUGAUGCAAUCAAAGCUGCACAUACCGGGGAGACUCUCAAGGUGUCUGAAAUCGACUUGGCCAAGGAAAUGCAGGGCCUCAAAUUCUCGUCCUUCGAUUCAACCGCUACCGCAUCUGGUCGGAGUCGAGCAAAGAUGCAGCCAACGACCAUGGGCGACGAGCUUGAUCGUAAUUUCUUUUUGGCGUCGGAAUCGCAGGCAAUUACAUCUGUCCCGUUCCAUUUACAGAACCAGAUAGGGUCAAGCAAGAAGCAUUUCAAAGGUAAGAAAAAAGGUGGGAAAUAA